AUGAGCCCUGAAAAUAUGGCACAGCCUGGAUUUGCUUACAAUAUGCCUUCCGCUACCAACAACCACUGGAACCCGCCUCGCAGCCUUUUCGCUGAACCCUACAACGGCGGCAGACUUGCUGGGAGCCUGUACCCAGUUUCUAGCAUGAACUUCACGACCAAUACCUAUCCUUGGGCUGAUAGCCCUCCCGCACAAUCGACUGCAAACUUUUCGAGAAUCGAUCCUCCAGUGUCGGCCCAGCCGGCCUAUGUCCCUCGCUCCCCACCUGGGGCAAACAGCGGUUCCAAUUCCAUCUAUCCCGGCCCAGUAUAUGGAUCCCACAAGCGCAGCAGAUCAUCUGCUUGGGAUGGACAGAGCAGAUAUUCACCCACAGGCUCAGUGGAUGAUAUCAUUGCCUCACCAAGCUUGUCUGAUUACUCCUUGGACAAUGGCUUAGACUUUGGUAUCCCCUCCAACAAACCAAAGCAACAAAACAGCAAGGCUCGAUCGCAGCGACGGCCGUCGAACCGAGACGAGUUUGACGGCCCUCAUCAAUUCCUACAGCGCCCACCCCAGGACGUUAUUGCUAUGCAGGAGAGAGAACUCCCGCAUCUGCCAACCAACCUUCACGUCCAGGAACAAGAUAACGUUCUUAACCAGGUUAAUGACCGGUUGUCGCAAUGCGCCUAUGAUUUCGUGGCCAAGUACCAGUUUCCAAUCCCCCUUACUCAAGACAUGAGGCCCGUAGAGAGGCCACAAGAUCGAGAGUGGACCGAGUGGGUUUACCUCUUGAAAAGACUUGCCACCAAGCGACGCAUUCCCGCUCGAGUGCUAUACAACGGACAGAUCAAACAGUUUGUCACAAUCCUUGAAAACUCACUAGAGAUGCGGCAUGCUGCUAAGCAUCAGAGCCGCCCUCUGAAAGAUGAUCGCAACAUCCUCCAGCUCAUUUCCGCUGGUAUUCAGGUAGCUAAAAUCCUGAAAGAUGCGUCGGCGAUGGACUAUCUCGACCGACUAUACGUUUCCACGGAGAAGCAGAUACAGGAGCGUGCCAAUGCGCGAUUCCGAUCUUAA